AUGGCAGCAAUGGACUGUUAUUUACGAACCCCGCCUGCCCGUGUCCGGAAGCAGCAGAACGCGCGUGCAUGUCUUCGGCGGGCAGUAUGGUGUGGUGCUGGCCACGCGACACGCCGAGAAUCAAAAAGACAGGCCAGCUGAGCACUUUUAAUUUGAAACUUUCAGUCGUAUUUAAAAGUUACGUGUUGCCUUUCGGAUAGUUGCAACUGUAGUAGCGCUGUAUCUAGUGUCUCUCAAUUUCACUUCGAUACCCAGCAGGGUUCCUGCUGCUCAUCUCGUGUGUCUGGACAGGAGAGCAGGCGGCUUUAGAGAACCACAUCGACGAAGAACCCAAAGGGAAGAAGCAGCUGGAAUUCUCCAACAACUGAAUUUAUGUGACGGAGAAGAGCACCAUGGGAAAAAGGACUGCAAAUAUUAAGGAGGAGGACAGCAAGUGGGAACCCGCCCAAACUAAACAGGAGAAUCUCUGCGUUAAGGGUGAGGAUUGUGAACCGGCGUCAGUAAGCAUUAAAGAGGAGCCCGAGGACAAGCCAUGCAUGUCUGAAUUUCAGCAUGGCUAUCCAGAUGGGGCGGAAAGCGGACAGUGUUUAUCUCCGAGACCUUCAGUCCAUGUGAAGACUGAAUCGGCCAUAUCGGAUACAAAGGUGAUUGCGAAAAAAACAAGGAGAGCAACAGCAAAAAAUCGGCAGUCAUCUGACAGUCAGUCUGGAGAAAGAGAAAAUCUUCACUGCUGUUCUGAAUGUGGCAAACCAUUUUCAUCGAAGAGGAAUCUUCAGGCUCACGCAAGAAUUCACACUGGAGAAAAACCCUAUUGCUGUACUGAAUGUGGAAAACGCUUUUUAUCCAAGAGCAAUCUUAACACCCACCUGCGAACUCACACUGGAGAGAAGCCGCACUGCUGUUCCGAAUGUGGCAGACAGUUCUCACAUUUGGUCAGCCUUCAGAUCCACAGCAUCACUCACACUGGAGAGAAGCCAUACUGCUGUUCUGAAUGUGGAAAACGAUUCUCACAAAUGAGCACUCUAAAGACCCACAUGAGAAUUCACACUGGAGAGAAGCCAUAUUCCUGUUCUGAAUGUGGCAAACGGUUCUCGGACAGGAGCUAUUUUCAAGUCCACACAAGAGUUCAUACAAGAGUGAAACCUUACAGCUGUUCUGAAUGUGGGAAACAAUUCUGUGACAGAUGCUCUCUUCAGAGACACACCAGGAUUCACGACAGGGAAAAGCCUGAAGUAGUAAAUUGAAGAGUAAGAAUUAAAACAACAAGACCAGACAAACCUUAGUGACUCCUCAGGACUUAGUAGGCUUUGGUGGGCAAGUUAAAUAUCAAAACGUUCAUUGUAUGAAAUUAAUCUGUUGUACUGGCUGCAAGUCUCCCAGAGUAGAAAGGUGUCCCACCCAUUGCCUCUGCCCUCCAGUAGGUGAUGGUGGUAGCAAUUGCUGACAGUGCUGAUACAGACAGAGUACUGCUGGCCACAUAACAGUGGAAUAAAUCAAACCACAAAAGCACAUCUUCAGCAAGAAAUUAAGGGGGCAUAGCCCAGAGGUCAGUUUGUUGAUAAAGCAGAGAUGGUGUACUACUAGGCAAAAUGAUGAAUAAUGGAGUGCUCUUCUUUCUUUUUUUUCCCCCAUAUUUAUUAAUGUUAAGAUUUUGACUCUUGCUUGUUACUGUAGAUGUUGAAAUGAGUUUUUUUUUUUUUUUUUAAUUUCCCAUAUGCUGCUGUUAUUGUGUUAGCUCAACUCAACUUCCUUUUAAACAAGCUGAGAGACUGGGGGAACUCCUAAGGUAAGCAUUACGGAUCUGAAGGCUACCUCCCAGCUACAGCAUCUGUGAAUGUAAGAGACCCAAUGUAAAGUGGAGAAUAUUAAAUAAUCUCAUACACAGCUGCUA